UGGAUUUGCUGUGUAGACCAGGCUGGCUUUGAACUUACAGAGAUGCGUCCGCCUCUGCCUCCCUGAGUGCUGAGAUUACAGCUGUGCACCACCAUGCCCGACUAUAAAAUGUAAAACUUGUAAAGAAAAAAGUGAGUAUGAGCCUGCAUGUGGUGCAUCUUUCAGGCUGAUGAGGAGAACAGAUUUGCGGGUUGCACGCAGAAUCCUGCAUAGGAAGUUCAGGGCUUUGUGGUUUUCUACCUUUGUGACUGAAUUACCAAAAGCCUAAUACCAACCACUGUUAGGAAGGUGCUUCUGGGGGCUAGAAUAACCUGAUCAACAUAAGUAAAGCACUUUGGAGUGGCGGCCCAAACACACAGCAACUAGAUAGGUGUUUAUUUUCGUUGCGGUUAUGAACACCCUUCACUAAUUAUAAUAACAUACGGGCUAUAACGUACCUAUAGCAUCUUCUUACAUGUUAUAUAUAACUUCUGUAGCAUGUUAUUAUAUUGUAUCUGGUAUACAGUAUUUGUUUUAAUUUUUUUAUUUGGCCUGCAUGUGUGUGUGUACAUGUAUGUGUGUAAGUACUCAUGGAGGCUAGAAGAGGGUGUCGGCUCCCUGAGGCUGGAGGUACAGGCUGUUGUGAGCUGGCCAGUGCUGGUGUUGUGAACCAAACUUGGGCCCUCUGCAAGAGCAGAAAGGACUCCUAAACACUUAGCCAUUUUUCCAACUCCUAUUUUAAUUUUCUUCUGAGACAGGGUCUCAUGUAGCUCAGGCAGGUCUUGAAGGACUACAUAAUGACUACAUAUGACUUUGAACUCUGUUUUUGUUUGUUUGUUUUUUAAUUAUAUACAUGCAUUUUGUGGGGAACUUGUAGACAGCCAUGAGAGUUAUUUCUAUCCUUCUGGAUACCUUCUGGAUCCUGGUGGUCAGAGCCAGGGAAUCAGGCUUGGGGGCAAGCACCUCUACCCACUGAACCAUCUCCCUGGCCCCAGUUUCGCUUGUUUGGGUGUGGGGGUCUUGUGUGCACCACAGCGCUGAUGUAGAGGUCGGAGGACAAUUCUUGAGUGUUGUUUUCUCCCUCCUUAUGGUGUGGGAUGUGGGGAUUGAGGGUAAACUCUUCAGGCCUGCACAGCAAGUACUUAGACCCACUGAACAAUCUUUUGGGUCCAAAUAUGUAUAUUUAUUAUCAUUUUUGAUACUAUAGCAUAACAUGGUUGAAUGUGCAGGUCUGAGCGGUCUAUCUGGCUGCAACCUUUGUUGGGGUGCCUCCUUAUGGGACCUUCGGAAAGUUGUUCAAUUGAUACCUACAUCAGUUUCCAUCUGCACAAUGGGGACAGUGGACAGUCCCCACUCAGGCUGAUUAAAUCCCCUGGCACCAAGCCUGGCUCACUUGCUGCUGCUGGACAUUAUUACAUAGAUCCUCAUGCCUUCCUUGUCUGUUUCCGUGAGCUCUUUGGAUACUUCAGUCCCAGCACUCUCACUUGGCUUCUUCCUUCCUCUCUCUUGCCUCCUCUGUCCUUUUCGGCUCAUGGUGUCUUCCACCAGGACAUCAAGGCCCGCUCGGUGGCCUGGAAGACUGAAGGUGUGUGCUCCACCAAGGCCGGCAGUCGGCUUGGGAACACGAGGAAGAACCGCUACAAAGACGUGGUCCCGUAUGAUGAGACCAGAGUUAUCCUUUCCCUGCUCCAGGAGGAAGGACAUGGAGAUUACAUCAAUGCCAACUUCAUUCGGGGCACAGAUGGAAGCCAGGCCUAUAUUGCGACGCAAGGACCCCUGCCUCACACUCUGUUGGACUUCUGGCGCCUGGUUUGGGAGUUUGGGGUCAAGGUGAUCCUGAUGGCAUGUCAAGAGACAGAAAAUGGACGGAAGAAGUGUGAACGCUACUGGGCCCAGGAACAGGAGCCACUGCAGACCGGGCCUUUCCACGUCACCCUGAUGAAGGAAACACCAGUGAAUGCAGACAUCAUUCUCAGGACCCUCCAGGUUACAUUCCAGAAGGAAUCCCGCUCUGUGCACCAGCUCCAGUACAUGUCCUGGCCAGACCACGGGGUUCCCAGUCAUCCUGAUCACAUCCUCGCCAUGGUGGAGGAGGCCCGUCGCCUCCAAGGAGUUGGACCUGGACCGCUCUGUGUCCACUGCAGUGCUGGCUGUGGACGAACAGGUGUCCUGUGUGCUGUUGAUUACGUGAGGCAGUUACUGCUGACCCAGUCCCACCCAAUUUCAGCCUCUUCGAAGUGGUCCUUGAGAUGCGGAAACAGCGGCCUGCUGCGGUGCAGACAGAGUGACUGCGCAUCCCAACAGGAGCAGUACAGGUUCCUGUACCACACAGUGGCCCAGCUCUUCUCCAGCACUCUCCAGAACGCCAGCCCCCACUACCAGAACCUCAAGGAGAACUGUGCCCCAAUCUGCAAGGAUGCCUUGUCGCUCAGGACCUCCCCAACCCUGCCCGCCGCUGUAUCCCGCCCACCAGGUGGGGUUCUCAGGAGCAUCUCGGUGCCCGGUCCCCCGACCCUUCCCAUGGCUGACACUUACGCUGUGGUGCAGAAGCGUGGUGCCCCGGCGGGCACAGGGCCCGGGACGCGGGCGCCCAGCAGCGCUGACACCCCCAUCUACAGCCAGGUGGCUGCACGUGCCCCGCGGCCCAUCGCACAAACGGAGGACGGGCAGGGAACGUCGCCACUGCGCUGUGAUCAAAACCCUCCCGGACCUGACGCCUACGAAGAAGUAACAAACGGAGCGCAGACUGGUGGGCUAGGCGCGCCUGCGGGGGUUUUGAGGAGGAUUACCCUUUCACACCACAGCCUCUGCAUGGCACCCUUCUGCCCUCAGGCUUCAACAUGCGCAUUGGAAGGCCUAAAGGGCCACGGGAACCGCCAGCGGAGUGGACGCGGGUGUGAAUGCCUUGCGCCAGAUGCGGCCUGUCGCUCAGUGAUGGCUGGGCUUCUGCAGCCACCAUGCUGCUGUGCCCUAUGUUAUGUAUGAAUGGGACUUGUGGGUCUGGAUCAAAAUAAAAGUUUCUCAGGACGGGAAAAAAAA